CAUCAGCAAGUGAAAUUGGUUGAGUUUACAUUAUCUAAAAGCUUCAGUAUGGAUCUUUUAUUUUUGAAGUUUUAAUUUUCUAUCAUGACGAGUGCAAUCAUAAUGAUUCCACAGAUGCAGACUUUUCAAUCAACUGUGGUGGCCCAGAGAUGCAUGCUGAGGGUAUAGUGUACGAGGCUGAAAACUCAGCAUCCUGUGGUGCAAUAUCGUAUUAUGUAACAGGUACAGAAAAAUGGGCAGUCAGCAAUGUGGGGUCGUUUGAAAAUGAUAGUUAUGUUCAAAACACUUCGGCACAAGUCAUUGCAACUAACACCCCAGAACUUUACCAAACUUCAAGGAUGUCCCCAGGAUCACUUAGAUACUAUGGCCUAGGUCUUGUUAAUGGUCUUUAUAAUGUCAACUUGUUUUUUGCGGAAACUGGUUUUGAAGAUCAAAGCUCUCAAACUUGGAAGAGUCGAGCGAGGCAUGUAUUCGAUAUCUACAUUCAGGGUAGUCUAGAAUGGAAGGACUUUGACAUAUCAAAGGAGGCAGGUGGCGUUGAGAGAGCACUCCAGACGAAUUUUACGGCUAAUGUGUCACAGAAUUAUCUUGCAAUUCAUCUAUUUUGGGCUGGUAAGGGCACUUGUUGCAUACCUGUACAAGGUUAUUAUGGGCCACUAAUUUCAGCCAUUCAUGUUGUUUCAGAUUUUGUAUCUAAUGUUACAGGGAUUCCACCAAGCAAUUGAGGAAAGAAAAGCAGGUUGGGUUUGAUUGUAGGAAUUGCAGUCCCUGUUGGAGUCGUGAGCUUGAUUUUCAUAUUUUCAGUUUUCUACAUGAAGAGAAAACCACAGCAUAAUAAUGAGGAUGAGCUUCUUGGAAUAGGCCCCGACCAAACACUUUCA